CUAGAGAGUGCCGAGGGGAUGACCUAUCACCUCGAGUGCUCUGAUACGUGCUCGUUCGGCGGUCGCGCGGCCAAAAUUUCCUCGACGGAAAAAUUUAUUAAACAACACAGUGCAAAAUAAUAAGAAAAAUUUUUUUCUUUGCUAAGAAAAUAAAAUUUCGUGUUUUUCGGUUUUAUACUGAGUGUUUUCAAGUGGAUAUAAAUUUGUGCGUGGCGUGAUUUGACCUGUGGCGUGGUGAUAACAUGGCUCUGGUGGCACCGUCGUGGCGCGAAUCGACGCUGGUGAACCCCAUGACGACGAGCCUCAACUCGCUGACGAACGCGCUCAACCCGGCUGCUGGUGGCGGUCUCAACCCGCUCGCCGGCAACCUCACCCCGAUCACCACCAAUCUCAAUCCGUUGGCGCUGGAAAACCAGCCGGAUCUCUCGCUCGUCAAGCAUCGCCUCACGCCCUCGCAGAACUCGCAGAACAGUGCGAAUAGUGUCGACAAGAAUCAGAACAUCGAGUGCGUCGUGUGUGGUGAUAAAAGUUCCGGCAAACACUAUGGACAAUUCACAUGCGAAGGAUGCAAAUCGUUUUUCAAGCGCAGCGUGCGCAGGAACUUGACAUACUCAUGUCGAGGCAGCCGCAGCUGUCCAAUCGACCAGCACCAUCGAAACCAGUGCCAGUACUGCCGGCUCAAAAAAUGCAUGAAGAUGGGCAUGCGAAGAGAAGGUAAGCAUUCCGUCCAGAGGGGUCGCGUGCCCCCAUCGCAACCGCCGCUUGCUGGACUCUCGAAUCAAUUCCUCAACUCGACGGAUCCAGUCUCGACCUCGUUGAGUAAUCACACUUACCUGAGCAGUUACAUUUCGUUGUUGCUGCGCGCCGAGCCCUAUCCGACCAGUCGGUAUGGACAAUGCAUCCAGGCGAAUAACAUUAUGGGCAUUGAUAAUAUUUGCGAACUGGCUGCGCGUUUGCUCUUCUCGGCGGUGGAAUGGGCAAGGAAUAUACCAUUUUUUCCUGAUCUGCAAGUGACUGAUCAGGUUGCUCUGUUGAGACUAGUAUGGUCCGAAUUGUUUGUUCUAAAUGCAAGUCAAUGUUCCAUGCCGCUCCACGUGGCACCACUCAUCGCCGCCGCCGGGUUACACGCGUCUCCCAUGUGCGCGGAUAGGGUGGUACAGUUUAUGGAUCAUAUUCGGAUAUUCCAGGAACAAGUGGAGAAGUUAAAAGCGCUGCACGUGGACUCGGCUGAAUAUUCCUGCCUGAAAGCCAUCGUCCUCUUCACGACAGAUGCUUGUGGUUUAAGCGACGUGGCACACAUUGAGUCCAUCCAGGAGAAGUCGCAGUGCGCACUGGAGGAAUACUGCCGCUCGCAGUACCCGAAUCAACCAACACGCUUCGGCAAGCUCCUGCUGCGACUCCCGAGUCUACGCACCGUCAGCUCGGCGGUCAUCGAGCAGCUCUUCUUCGUGCGGCUCGUGGGCAAAACACCCAUCGAGACGCUCAUCCGCGACAUGCUCCUCUCGGGCAGCUCCUUCUCCUGGCCGUACAUGUGAUACAUGAAACUGUACUAGGCGACCUAGUCAAUUCCUUUUGUUUGAUUUUUAUUUUAUUUUAUUGUUUUGUUAUUUUGUUAUCAUUGCCAUUUCUUCCACACACUCACAAAUAAAUGAAUCGGAAGUAUAUUCAAAUAGAAAUAUCAAGAAAUCGGUCAUUAUUCAAAAAAUUAAAUAAAUUAUAACAUAUCAAUAUGAACGUGAAUGAAAUUUGAGAAAUAUUUAAUCUCUCCUUGAAAACUAAACUACGUGUUCCUUUUUUUAUAUAAAUUUUAGUUGAUAGAGAUUAAUUUUAUUUUAUAACCAAGUGCAAAGAUGAUGAUAAGUUAGAUCGAAUGGAAACCAAAAUCAAAGUUUAUUUUAUAAGCCGCUCCCUUAAUUUAUUUAAUGAAACGUUUUUAAAAGAGAGUACUGUGUAAAUAUUAUGUACAUAGAGUGGACUGCACGUUGCACAGAUUUUCAAAUCAAUAAUAUUGCAUUUUUCCGUACUACGAUUAGUUUGGUGUGCCAACACAUUUUGUUUUUUCUUAUUAAAAAAGAAAAUGUACAUAGCCAUUUUGUUUGCCAUCACACACACACACAAACAUCACAAAUUAAACGUAAAUUAUAAAGAAACGUAGUUGCCAGUGUUCUAUAUUUUGUUGGAAUAGUCUUUAACGAAAAGAAAUUGUUGUUGUUAUCUUGUUAUAUAGUUUUCGCCGUUGAUCGAAGUGAAACUGAUGCGUAAAACAUCAAAAAACUUAAAUUUGCAACUGAAAUUGACGAUUUUAGUUUUUUUUUUUAAUUUGUGUGCUUAAGGCACAAUUACUUAAAUUUCCACAACAAAUCACUUAACAAUAAGUAAUUGUUUUCUUUCUGUGUAUUCAAUAAACAGUGCCAAAACGCAAAAGAUAAAUACGCAUCGAAUUGAGUGUCGAUUUUGUUCGAAUCCAUUGGAAAUUCAAGUCUAAAUAUAUUGACGGCGUGUAUACAUACUGUAAGAAUUGGAUAAAAUGUAAUACGAGUAUAUUUGUACAUACAAAGUAAAUAGUAAAUAAAUUGUCUGUAUUUAUAAA